UGCUUCAUCUAUAAAGGCAAGGACGAGUGUAUUUGUUUUCUAAACAUAUUUCUUUCAAUUAAGAUGGCCCCACCGAAAAAACCUCCGUAUCAGAAUAAUUUUGAGCGUUCCAAAAAUUGGGGCAAAGUAAAGUUCAAACCGAAUGUAGGCGCAAUGUCCAAUUUAUCCGUCCAAGGAGCUGCUGCCAUGUUAUGGAAAGACGUCAAAAACGACAUCAUCAACGACGAACGGGAACAACGGCAUGCUAUGCAAGUCGACAUGGGCAGUGAUCAAGCCAAAAAGUGUAUUAAACAACGUGAGCAUAACCAUCGACGCAAUCAAAUUGAAUCCAAGCGCAGUCAGCCAACGAAGUGGGAAUCUUUUGAAGAUAAUGCCGGCAAUAAGAAACAGCAGUUCCAGCACAAGGCCAACAAACAGGCUAAGCCUAAAGUCCAGAUUCCAACAUUGGAUCCAAAAAACCUGACGUAUGAGCAACGCAAUUAUUUUCGUCGUAAACUUACGAAGGCCACAAUCAAAGCAAAGGGCACUCCCUUAAAAAAUGUUAUACACGAUUUCAAACAAUACGGAGUUCUGCGUCGCCGAAAAGAGUAGGAAUUGUUUUUGUGGUAUGGACAAUUUAGAAAUGGUAUACACAACAUACUACACAAUUUAUGUAUCGUAAAACUUAGGAAUAGGAGUACAAGUGCAUAAGUCUGCAAAUAAAUAUAUAACUAAAUACAAUGA